UUAGCUAGCAAGCUGUCAAGCUGUCAAGUGGAGAGGCUGGGACAGACGUUUCAGCUUCCCCCUGGCUUGGCCACUCAAAGCUCCGGCCCACAAAUUGACAAGAAAAUCUGUUAGAAUAUACUUUAGAUCGUCAGCUGAGAUAAUGUAAUGCAACACGGGCGUACGCCAAGAGGGACCUCGGCACCUACACAAUUUAUAUGCACUGAGUCUUGAGUGACGAUUGCUCAUUGCUAGCUAACUGGCUAGCUAGCCUAGCUAAACCACCGCAAACCCCCUAGUUUCGUCGGUGUACCCUCUCUGGUGUGAACUGCGUCUAACCAGUCCUGGUCAGUGUCGCAACUUCAGUUGCUGUCAACCCGUAUUUUGGAAAUUUGGUUUUAAGAGGGACACAAUGGGUGCAUUUCUGGACAAACCAAAGAUGGAAAAAUAUAAUUCCCAUGGUGAGGGUAACAACCUGAGGUAUGGGCUGAGCAGCAUGCAGGGUUGGCGGGUAGAGAUGGAAGAUGCACACACAGCAGUAAUUGGUCUGCCUCAAGGUCUCGACCCCUGGUCAUUCUUUGCCGUUUAUGAUGGGCAUGCUGGCUCUCAGGUGGCCAAGUACUGCUGUGAGCACCUGCUGGACCACAUCACCAGCAACUCAGACUUCCAGAGCGCUCUGCAGGAGGACCCCUCUGUGGAUAGUGUGAAGAAGGGGAUCCGCACAGGAUUCCUGCAGAUUGAUGAACACAUGCGAACCAUCUCUGAGAAGAAGCACGGUGUGGACCGCAGUGGCUCUACCGCAGUGGGAGUGAUGAUUUCUCCAAGCCAUAUUUACUUUAUCAACUGUGGCGACUCACGGGGGCUCCUCAGCCGGGGUGGAGCUGUGCACUUCUUCACACAGGAUCACAAACCCAGCAACCCUCUGGAGAAGGAAAGGAUCCAGAAUGCCGGCGGCUCAGUCAUGAUCCAGCGAGUUAAUGGGUCCCUAGCUGUCUCUCGGGCUCUGGGAGACUUCGACUACAAGUGUGUGCAUGGAAAAGGCCCGACAGAGCAGCUUGUUUCUCCUGAGCCUGAAGUUUAUGCAAUAGAGAGAUGCGAGGGGGAAGAUGAAUUCAUUAUACUAGCUUGUGAUGGCAUCUGGGAUGUCAUGGCCAAUGAGGAACUGUGUGACUUUGUCAGGUCAAGGCUAGAGGUGACAGAUGAUCUUGAAAGAGUCAGCAAUGAAAUUGUUGACACCUGCUUGUACAAGGGAAGCCGGGACAAUAUGAGUGUUGUGUUAAUCUGCUUUCCUGGGGCCCCAAAGGUAUCUCCAGAAGCAGUGAAACGGGAGGCUGAGCUGGAUAAAUAUCUGGAGGCUAGAGUAGAAGAGAUCAUCAAAAAGCAGGGGGAUGAAGGUGUGCCGGAUUUGGUCCAUGUUAUGCGGACGCUAGCAUCUGAGAGCAUCCCUAACCUCCCUCCUGGAGGAGAGCUGGCAAGCAAACGAAGUGUUAUUGAAGCGGUGUACAACAAACUCAACCCCUACCGAAGCGAUGACACAGACUCUGCGUCCACAGACGACAUGUGGUAACACAACCUCCUACCGCUAACACAGCAUAGAGUUUACAAACCACCAUCCUCUCAAGACCCACAGCAGCUCAGCUCAGCAGUCUGUCUUGCCGUCACUCUGAGCUUUUGGUUUCUAAGAAGGGAAUUUCAUGGGAGGAGGAGGAGGAGGAAGAGGAGUUGCAUGCACACAAACCUGGAAUAGUGCAGCACCAGUCCACUCUGGAGUUCAGGAUCCUCACCGUCUUGUCUCCCAUUUAUGUUCACCCACCUAAAUACUCUCCUCUAAAGUAAUCCAUAACAAGUGAGUCCACAAGGUUUUCUUUCUUUUUUUGUUAAAUAAUCAGCUUAAGUAGUAAAAUUUUUUGCUGUAAUUAAUUUGAUUCACAUUUCCUUGUGUGUGUUUGUAUAUUUCUGUUUUUGUGAAGUGCAAUUGUCCUGUACAAACAGCCUGUAUUUAAUGCAGCUUGAUUUUAAGUUAAAAAAUGAAAGAAAUGAAAAAGAGAACCUUUUAUGCACUAUCUGCCUUUUCCUGCUCUUCUGGAAUUCUAACAGAUGUCUGUUCAGUGGAUAUUACUGCUUGUCCUCCAGGCACAAUGUCUCUGCGCUUUUACUUUUCUUUCUUUCUUUCUUUUUCAGUUAGUCUAUGCUCCUUUAAGAAACGGGUAAAUUGUAUAGUUGACAGCACAGUAAGCUCUCUAUAUCAAACCAUUUAAAUCCUAAUUAUUUUUUCCCUGUGCUUUUUUUAUUGUAUUUUAUUUUUGUAAGUGGUUUUCUGUACAUGCUCAAAUAAUAAUGGCAAAGUGUUUCUCAGUCAUUUUGGAAGUGUGAAGCGAAAAAUACUUUUUUUUAAUUUUUUUUUUAUUUCUUUGAGGCAUCUGAUGGAAAAAAAUACCCGUUUAACACAUUUGUCUGUGUGCGGAUAGAUACUUGCAAGCGUGCGUGGGUGCUUGUGUGUAUGUAUGUGCGCACGUGCGUUAGUGUAAAGGCAGAUCUGUUUGUGCAACUCUAAUUUAAAUUUGCUGAGGUGGUUCAGACAACAGACCAGGCUGGAGUUUAAGGGAAUUGCCCAGUGCUUACCCAUUGUCUGGUCUUUCUUUUUUCUUUUUUUUCUUUUUUUUUUUAGCCCGUGUUCCAUAUCAACCCAAGACAGGCUCUCACUACUUCUUAUUCCAAAACGCUUUGGAUAACAGAGUUUACAUGCUGUUACGCUAUUGAACAACUUAAAGCUAUAUAUCAGAACUAUACUGUAACCUGAGAUGACACAAGUAGUUCAAUUUACCCAUGGUGUACAAUGGUUUGCAGCUAGUCAAAUCUUGACUCAUUUACACAUCUAUUGUGUCAUAUUUUAAUAUCACUUUUCUAAACAUUCAUAGUUACCAGUGCCCAUUGUGGGUGCCAUAUGAUUUAUGAUCAUUUGUUUCAGCUUUAUGACAGCCUAUGCCAAGUUUUUGUUUUUCCUCGAUGAGAUUCAGUUUUUGUACAUGGUACAGAUAGAUUUUUAGAUUUUACCUUUAAACCCAUCUGAUAAUUUGACUGAUAUGAACAGUUAAAGCACUGAGUGUUUUAGAGAAAAUCCCCUGAUACUUGUUUGAAUAUAGGAGAAACUGUUGACUGUAAAACUUACAUGACUAUUUCUUUUCCCCCACUUUAUUUGGAUUUUCAAACCAAGAACAAAUCCACUAGCUGCAAUGAGUUCUCAUGGUUGUAUAGCACCUUUUUCAUUCCCAUCGGGUUUGCUCUGCUUAAAACCCUCCCCCUGCGCCACCACAAGCCAGAGCACAAUACAGUUUGCUGCUAUAGUGUAUGAUCUUUUUUUCAGUUAAUUCCCCCCUGAAAAGAUGAAUAGUCAUUGACUAAAUCUGUAUCUAACACACACACACACACACAGUGGAUAUAUUUCUUGGAGAGAAAUGGUUUUAUUUCAAAAUUAUUUUCUGCCAUUUUUUUGUCUAAAAUUGCAUUGUUGGAAAUUUAUGUAUGUAUAUAUUUUUGACUUAAACUUUCAAGGAAUAAAUCAUGUCGCUUGAGUUAGUUUUUUUGCCAUGGACAAAAUGAUUCUGGUUUGUCUUGGGAUGGUUAGUUGAAUUUUUGUGUGUUUUCGCAAGCAAAGGUUUCCCUCUUAUCACUUUGGUGUCCCUCUGAUCAAUAUUGAGAGUUUCAUUUAUAAAAUACACAGUAAUAAUGUACUAAAUUUGUAAGUCUGCAUUUAUCAAAAUGACAAUCUUAACUGUUUCACCACAUUUUGGUUUGUGGUAGGUAGCAAAUUAUAAAAUCUUAAAACACAGACUUUGACUAUAAUCCUAAAUUAGCUGCUUCCUAAUAUGCUUAUGUGGCAGAAAAGCCAAAGACCACUCAGAUUUUGUAGUUUUGAAGUCUAUAAUGCAAGAAGUAAUAAUGUAAAGGAGAACUCUGCUGUAACCCUGUAAAGGAUGUUAAAACUGUUAAGGUGUAUCAACCAUAUUUUGAAAUUUUUAGUUGGCUUUAGUUAGCUUUUAAAGGUACUCUUUGGAGUUGUUUUUUUUUUUUUACCACUGGUGGUGCUGUAGAGAAACGUUUCGAUGAGCAGGUGUGAACAUUCAGGACAAGCACAAGGGGUGACACGGAACGUACUUCCGCUGACUACAGUUGGUGUCAUGGUAACAUGGCAUAAAAGUGCCGCUGAACCAGUUUAAAGACAAUAAAACCGUAAGCCAAUGCAAAAAGUGCAGGUUUCAGAACACUAGUAAAAGCCAUUGAAAAUGUGAGGUAUGGAAAUGCUUGUUAGGCCUUAAAGACAAUGUUGUAAGCAAUGUUGAAUGUAAACCUAACUGUGUGUUUACAGUAGGAACUCCAUAGGGUACCUUUAAACAAUCAUCUUACAAAACAAAUGAAUAAUAAUAAGUAGAUUCAGUAGAUUUCCAGUUGAAGUGGUAUCUAACUCAACUAUAAACAUGUCAAAUAGGGAAAUUGAUUUAUUUGUGUGUUUGCAUGAAAAUGUUGUUUCUCUGAAUAUUUCUUCCCAUGAAAAAGCAAAAACAGCAACAAAAAAACAAACAGCAGAACAGUAAAAAUGUCUCUCAAUUCACGUUUUUGGUUUCACAUUAUUGUAUUUCUACCACAAUACUUACCCAUUAUUGUACUCACAUUGUGUAAAACAAAAACUCAAUUUACUCAGUGUUGGAGGAAAAACUUAUUAGAGCAUAUGAAAAUUCCUUUUUUUAAAAAAAAUUAAUUUACGUAAGCAGUUUAUACUUAUACAUCUACAAGCUUUUAUUUUGUGCUGGAUUGCCUGUAUUUGUUAAGUGAGUGCACUAAAUGUCUCUCUUAUCAAACAGUUUUCAGCACCCAGCUGCUUGUUGCAAAUGUGGUAGGUGUUGAUGACUCUUAAAGCAACAUUUCAUGCAAUUUUUCUUCAAGCUUACUAAAGAACAAACAUAUUUCCAUA